AUGGAGUAUUAUUACUGUCCACGUUUGCUAAAGUUGCUGCAAUAUUUGUGGGAUCAGCUGAAGAAGUGCUUCUCCAGAGAGCCCCCGGACGCCAAGGACACAGACACACUCGUGCCGGAGCGGGACAGCCAGUACGGCACCUGGGCCGAGCAGCGGCACAGCGGGGACAGUUUUGCGCCUGAAUCUCCUUCCUCGGAAAAUGGCGUCAUUUCAACAAGAAAGCAACCUCCCAAUAGCCACCCGUCUUCGCUGUCCUCUCAGACGGAACCUGCCUCCCUGGUGGAUCACCAUGACUUCUCAAAAGACCAAAGGAGCACGAGUUUGGACCGUUCCAGCACUGACAUGGACUCUACUGAUGGGACCGAUUUGCCUCCUCCGGGAGACACCUACCCUGAUGCGAAGACCACCGAUUUCUCUUUCAUUGACCAGACCACUAUUCUGGACUCCAGCGCGCUGAAAACUCGUGCACAGCUCAGCAAAAAGAGACGCCAUCGGGCUCCUAUUUCCCACUCGCUUAGAAGAAGCAGAGGGCUGGAGUAUGAAAACAGAUUUUCUUUGACGGAAGAACCAGAUAAUACCUGGAUGUUUAGAGAUUCCACAGAAGAGAAAAAAACUAUGCAACAGGAAGAUUCUGAUGAGGAAGAAAAGGUACAGCAUACUGCAAGAUCGUCCUCUGCGCACGCUCAGAGACUUCCCAUAUUUCCAGGGAUGGACCCCGCCGUGCUCAAGGCCCAACUGCGGAGAAGACAUGAGUCUGAGAGUCCUGGUGAAGCAAGUUCUGCUCAGCAGUUCAGAUCCCCGAAGCUGCAGCUCGGAGCUCCUGGCAGCAGAGUGCUGCCCUCCAGCGUGGAGAAGGAGGACAGGUCAGAAGAAAAGUCUCCACAGUGGCUGAAGGAGCUGAAAUCAAAGAAGAGACAGAGCCAUUACGAGAAUCAGGUUUGA